ACAUUUGCGCUGUGCGAAUGAACCAUUAUUUCGUUCAAUGUGUGAGAGUAAAGAAGAGAAGUAAAAUUUUCGCACUACACAGUGAAAGAACAUUCGCUUGUCCAAUCAAUUGUUUUAGUAGUUCUUUUUUUAAUUUAGCUCCAUUCGAUUUGCGUUGUGUGUUGAAAAAAAGAGAAAGAAAUUAAAUAAAAAAUUGGAUUUUCGAAUUGAGUUCAUUGGUGAAAUAGCAGCAAUUCGUCAAAAAAUAAAAUGGAAGCUUUGAUUCCAGUAGUAAAUAAAUUACAAGAUGUAUUUAAUACGGUCGGUUCGGAUUCGAUUCAGCUACCACAAAUCGUUGUUCUUGGAUCACAGAGUUCUGGCAAGAGUUCAGUGAUAGAAAGUUUGGUGGGACGAUCGUUUUUACCGCGUGGAACUGGAAUUGUAACACGACGACCAUUGGUUUUACAAUUGAUUUACACGCCAUUGGAAGACAAGGAUCAUCGAUCAGCUGAACAAGCGCCGACAUUUGUACAAAGUCUCACUAAUUUUCUUGGUCCCUCAAAUCCUCUCGCAGGCACAGCAAAACUUGAAGAAUGGGGCAAAUUUUUGCAUACAAAGAACAAGGUUUUCUCUGACUUCGAUGAAAUCCGAAAGGAAAUCGAAAAUGAAACCGAUCGUAUGGCCGGCACGAACAAAGGCAUUUGCCCCGAACCAAUCAAUUUGAAAAUCUACUCAACGCGUGUUGUCAAUUUGACAUUGGUCGAUUUGCCUGGACUGACCAAAGUGCCCGUCGGUGACCAACCAGAAGAUAUUGAAGCACAAAUCAAAGAGCUGAUUCUUAAACACAUUGAAAAUCCAAAUUCGAUUAUUUUGGCCGUGACAGCAGCGAAUACCGAUUUGGCAACUAGUGAAAGCUUGAAAAUGGCCAAAGAAGUCGAUCCGGAUGGCCGACGCACUCUGGCUGUUGUCACGAAAUUAGAUUUAAUGGACGCCGGAACAGAUGCUAUUGAUAUCCUCUGUGGACGCGUUAUACCAGUUAAACUUGGAAUUAUUGGUGUUGUCAACAGAUCGCAACAAGAUAUCAUUGACAGAAAGAGUAUUAACGAUCAAUUAAAAGAUGAAGCCGCUUAUUUGCAACGGAAAUAUCCAACACUGGCUACACGAAACGGUACACCCUAUUUAGCUAAAACACUCAAUAGAUUGCUCAUGCACCACAUUCGAGAUUGCUUACCAGAUCUUAAGACACGUGUUAACGUCAUGAUCUCACAAUUUCAAUCGCUAUUAAAUUCAUACGGAGAGGACGUAACCGACAAGAGUCAAACAUUGCUACAAAUCAUAACGAAGUUUGCGAGUGCUUAUUGUGCGACCAUCGAAGGAACGGCCAGAAAUAUUGAGACAACCGAACUGUGUGGCGGUGCAAGGAUCUGCUAUAUUUUCCACGAAACAUUUGGCCGAACACUCGAUGGCAUUCAUCCGUUGACUGGUUUAACAAAAAUGGAUAUAUUGACGGCAAUUCGAAAUGCGACUGGUCCACGUCCGGCACUUUUCGUGCCAGAGGUGUCUUUUGAGCUGUUGGUAAAACGUCAGAUUAGACGCUUGGAAGAGCCAUCAUUGCGUUGCGUGGAAUUGAUUCACGAAGAAAUGCAACGUAUCAUUCAGCAUUGCGGCAAUGAGGUGCAGCAGGAAAUGUUGCGAUUCCCGAAAUUGCACGAAAAAAUCGUGGAUGUUGUGACUCAAUUGCUACGACGCCGUUUACCAAAUACAAAUUCAAUGGUGGAGAAUAUUGUUGCCAUUGAAUUGGCUUAUAUCAAUACGAAGCAUCCCGAUUUCCAUAAAGAUGCUGCUUUGGUGCCAAGUCUCUUGAAAACCGAUCACAUUCAAGAGAAUCCAUGGAAUCAACGUCCCGAUGGUGCGGAGAAGAGACGCACUAAUCGCAAUCCAUCACCAGCCAUGCACCAUAAUCACGUUGACGCAUUGGCCGAGUCAAAUCACAAAAAUCAGGAUCAAAACAAUCAAGAUGAUCAAAAAUCUUCGGGAUGGUUGUCGAACAUUUUACCACCAGCUGCACCAAUGUACAACAACUCUCCGAGACUUCCAACUGAAAGUACCGAGAGUUCAGCUGCUAAUACACCAACGCAUGGUAUUUUGAGCCCAUUGAAACCAGUUAAUUUGUUGCCGGAUGUUCCAAUCAAUCCAGCCGCUCGCAAAUUAACCGAUAAAGAACAAAAGGAUUGCGAUGUCAUUGAGCGUCUCAUCAAAUCCUAUUUCUACAUUGUUCGCAAAUCAAUUCAAGACUCGGUACCAAAAGCAAUUAUGCACUUUUUGGUGAACUAUGUGAAGGAUAACCUUCAAUCGGAAUUAGUAACGCAUUUAUACAAAUCGGAAAAUGCCGACGCUUUCUUGAACGAAUCCGAUCAUAUUGCCGUUCGACGAAAGGAAGCAGCUGAUAUGCUCAAGGCAUUGACCCGAGCUAAUCAUAUAAUUAGUGAGAUCCGUGAAACACACAUGUGGUAAACUCAAGGAUUUUGUAUCGGAUUAGAAUUCGUAGCAGUGUCUAAUAAGGCAACGCAUCAUCUUUUAAAACCAAAACCACCACAACUACAUCUUUACCAUUUUACCAUUUGAUCAUUUGAACGCAUUUCAUUUUGAUGAAUCAUCACCGUUGAUUUUUUUUUCUUCGUGAACAGACACAUCAAAGGUUGAUCGUUGAUUGAUUUUUGCCGUUUUUGUUGUGUUUUGUUCGAGUUUAUUUCUUUAUUUAUUCAAAAGGAGAAACAAAAAUCCGAAAAAUCCAAACAAUCUAUGGAGAAAAAAAACUUUUAUUCAAAAGGAGAAACAAAAAUCCGAAAAAUCCAAACAAUCUAUGGAGAAAAAAAACUUUUCUGACCGAAAUUGAAGAAGCAUUAAAAAAUAGCACAUAAUAAUUGUUGAUACACUUGAAUCAAAAAUUCGGUAAAAUAUUUGUUUGAAAGAGAAAAGACAAGAAUGAUUUUGUUGUAGAAGCAUUGCUUUCGUUAGAAUAUUCAGUGAUAUUUCGAUAUGUAUACACAUUCUCGUGAGUAAAAUCAAUCUCUUUUUCUUCUAUACGUUUUUUUGGCUCAUUUUCAACGUUUGUCAAACGAUAGAAAGUUGAAACGAAAAACCAAUUUACAACUCAUUUAAUUGAGACCAGCAUUUUCGCUUCAAAAUUGUAGUUUAAACCAAAAUUCAAGUCUGUAUCAUUUUGAAAUUAAAUAACAAAAAAAAGAAUAAACUGAAUUUGUAUGAUACCAUUAAGCAUAAAAAUAAAAUCAAGUUCAAGAUAA